CAGACACUGAUGCUCUUCAGGUGAAGAAAAACAACGUUUAAAAGAAAAGUGGGGGAAAGGCCAUGGCAGCAAAGCAACCAAACUUCAGUGUCCAAGAUAAAAAUCACUUACCAAGUCAGUAGAAGGUGUUGCUACUGCAACUUGGGGAGAGAGAUGAGGAAGAAAAGACUCCCGCAAGUCGCUGAGAAGCGCAGCUUUGGGCUACGAUCUGAACUGUGGAAAUGGUCCAAGUGGUAUGAAGUUUUAUGCUGCUUCUGAGGAAACCAAGACUUGGGAGUUUGAUCAUGAUUAUGAGGCUAUUUUGAAGAUAAGCUUUCACAUUCAUACCACGUCUUCUAGAAGAGCAUUCUUAAUGCCAUGGAGAUUCUCUUCCUUAAAGUGUUGGUGUUGGUCACCUGCUUUGUUGGACUCUUCUCCUAUCACCAUCCAGGAAUCUCUUCGGGCGGGAAAAAAUCCAGCUCCAAAAAAACAAAUUUCAUAAUAAUUUUAGCAGACGAUAUUGGAUGGGGAGACCUUGGCACCAACUGGGGCAAACGAAAAGACACUCCCAACUUGGAUAAGAUGGCAAUGGAAGGGAUGAGAUUUGUAGAUUUCCAUUCUGCUGCAUCUACCUGCUCCCCUUCUCGUGCCUCUCUGCUUACAGGACGUCUUGGCCUGCGCAAUGGGGUGACCCACAAUUUUGCUGAGACAUCAGUGGGUGGCCUCCCAUUGAAUGAGACAACAUUAGCUGAAGUUCUAAAGGAAACCGGCUACCUCACUGCUGUGAUAGGUAAAUGGCACUUGGGGCACAAUGGUCUCCAUCAUCCCAGUUUUCGUGGUUUUGAUUAUUACUUUGGAAUACCAUACAGCCAUGAUAUGGGCUGCACUGACACACCUGGCUAUAACUUGCCUCCUUGCCCAGCUUGCCCCCAGCACCCUACCAUCACCAGCAGCCACCUGAGAGGUUGUUAUCCUGAAGUGGCACUUCCGCUGUAUGAAAACCUCACUAUCAUCCAGCAGCCUGUGAACCUAACUAGCUUGGCUACAAAGUACACAGAGAAAGCAAUUCAGUUUAUCAACUAUGCAAGCCAGAGUGACCGCCCAUUCUUCCUGUACUUGGCCCUGGCCCAUAUGCAUGUGCCUUUGAUAAAGACAGAGCCAACACGCAAUCUGCCUUGUCAAGAUCCAUAUAGAGCAAACCUGAGGGAGAUGGAUGCCCUGGUGGGACAAAUAAAGGCCAAAGUUGACAGCACUGUGAAGGAAAGUACAUUCCUUUGGUUCACAGGAGAUAAUGGCCCCUGGUCUGAGAAGUGUGAGUUUGCAGGAAGUGUUGGUCCAUACACUGGGAUGUGGCAAAGAAAAAGAGAUGGAAGCUCAGCCAAGCGAACGACUUGGGAAGGGGGACACCGUGUUCCCACAAUAGCCUACUGGGCAGGGAAGAUCCCAGCAAAUGUGACGAGUCAUAUGAUGUUGAGCACUUUAGAUAUAUUCCCCACGGUGGUGUCCCUUGCAAAUGCAAGGCUCCCUCCGCAUAGAUGUUUCGAUGGUAUGGAUAUAUCGGAGGUCCUCUUUGGGCUAUCAAACAAAGGACAUGAGACAUUAUUUCAUCCUAACAGUGGAGCAGCUGGAAAAUAUGGAAACCUCCAGGCUCUUCGUGUGAAUCAGUACAAGGCAUUUUAUGUCACAGGUGGGGCAAAGGCCUGUAAUGGCAGCAUUGGACAGGAAGAACACCACCAUCCGCCUCUCAUUUUUAACCUACAGCAUGACAUUCAGGAACAGACACCCUUGGACAGCAAGUCUGCUGAAUACCACAAAGUCUUGCCCUUGGUAAACCAGGCUCUGAUGGGCAUUCUUCAGGGUAUUGCAACCGACAACGUCUCUAUAGCAGAUUACUCUCAUGACCCAGCAGUGAUACCCUGCUGCAACCCACAGCACUUGGUCUGCCGCUGUCAAUCAACUUACUAGAGGUCAGACCUCAGAAAAUGCAUAAGGCAGCUACACUGUUACAGUGCUGCAUUUGGGACUAAUUUCUUCUCUUUUAAAGGCGUCCAAGUAGAUUUCUGCAGUAACUGAGCACCUUAGUGCACACUAGAGACACAAUCCCAUGAUGUUGUUUUUAAUUUGUGCUUUGUAUUUAAAAUUGGGAUAUUUCCUUUCAAGAUACUUUAACAUGGGAGCAUUAAACUACAAAACUUGAAGAGGUUUAA